AUGGCGACUAAGCAACUCCCGCACGAGAAGCGUAAGACUGAGGCGGUCCUGAGCGACUUCGCCGACUAUGCUGCCAAGCAGGAACAAGCAAUCCGCUACGGCGCCGCGCACGUUCCGGCCCCCGCUUCCGCAACACAGCCUGGCGCUGCCGCCGAGGUUGCAGCCUCUGGCAACGAACUCGACGAUCUCGCCGACUGGGCUGAUUUUGGCGAUGGAGACGGUAGCGCCAACAACGCUAAUCCUUCUCUAAAGGACAUUUUUCUAGGCCCAGAGGACACCUCUAUCCCCCUUCUGGAGCGCUUCCUCUCCAAGCGCCUCGAUGAGGGCGGCCGGGAGACCGUCCUCCACUUGGGCUUCGAAAAUAAUGCCGACUCUAUGGGGUUGACGCGUGAUGAUUGGACUACUGCUUAUGGAAGGCUAGAGCGAGUGGCAAAGGACCUGAACUCCGUUUGCCGUGUUCUAUAUACAAAAAACGUAGGAGGGCCCGAGGAAGUCGAAGACGGCAAUGGCGCAGCGCCAAAGUCGGAGAAGGAGAGGGAUUGUAGUGGCAAAAUUCUGAUCCGUAAGCUUCCGUCGAGGCCAGAUGAGAAUAUCGAGACCAGGAUAGUCGUUGUUGGAAACGUUGAUGCCGGAAAGUCUUCCCUGCUGGGCGUCUUGGUGAAGGGAGACCUCGACGAUGGCCGAGGAAGUGCCCGAGUCAAUUUAUUCCGCCACAAGCACGAGAUUGAGACCGGUCGUACCAGCUCUGUUGGCAUGGAAAUUCUUGGCUUCAACGCCGGUGGAGAGGUCGUUGUAUCCGACAUUCCUGGCCGUAAACUUACGUGGGAGGAGGUUGGCAAGCGUAGCGCCAAAAUCAUUACCUUUUCCGAUCUUGCCGGCCAUGAGCGCUAUCUGCGCACCACCGUUUUCGGUAUGCUGUCCGGUAGCCCGGACUACUGCCUCCUCAUGGUUGCGGCCAAUAACGGACUUAUCGGGAUGAGCAAAGAGCACCUUGGCAUCGCCGUUGCCUUGAACGUCCCAGUCAUGGUCAUCAUCACCAAGAUUGACAUCUGUCCGCCUCAGAUUUUGCAGGAGACCAUAACUCAGCUCACCAAAAUUCUCAAAAGCCCCGGUGCCCGCAAAAUUCCCGUCUUCAUCCGGGAUCGCGAGACUUGCAUCAAUACCGCCACCCAGAUGGUGAGCCCGCGCAUUGCCCCCAUCUUUCAAGUCUCCAACGUGACUGGUGAGAACUUGGAUCUCGUCCGCACCUUUUUGAACAUUUUGCCUCCGCACGGCUACUACAACGCCGAUGCACCUUUCGAGUUCACCGUGAACGAUACAUUUUCGGUACCCUUUGUUGGCACCGUUGUUGCCGGUAUCGUGCAGUCCGGGGUUGUACAUGUCGGGGACAGCGUGCUGAUCGGGCCCGACUCCAUUGGCCAGUUCACGACAACGACUGUCCGCUCCAUUGAAAGGAAACGCAUUUCCGUGCAAGCCGCUUCGGCCGGCCAGUCUGCCUCCCUCGCCCUCAAACGAAUGAGGAGGAAAGACGUGCGCAAAGGCAUGGUCGUUCUACCUAGGAUCGAGGGGCAGGCGCCUCCCCAGGUUUACCGCGAAUUCGUCGCAGAGGUUCUUGUUCUUUCGCACGCAACUACCAUCAAGACUAGGUAUCAGGCUAUGCUGCAUGUCGGCUCCAUCUCCCAGACUUGCGCCAUCAUUGACGUUGACCGACCGUACAUCCGUACCGGUGACAAAGCCACGGUUGCCUUCCGCUUUGUCCAGCGCCCCGAGUUCGUCCGCCCUGGCGAGCGCAUUCUUAUCCGCGAAGGCAGGACCAAAGGAUUGGGCAUUAUCAAGGCGGUUGGAUACGACCCUAAUGACCCCAUAUGGCAACCUAAAGAUGCGGAAUCCUCGGCAAAGUGA